AUGAAAAUGAAAAACGUAAAAAGGGACAACAUAGAUUGCUCUGACGUAAAAUCAAUGCUCAGUUUUAUUGUGAAUGUUCUAGGAAGUGAGCCGUGUCCAUCAACAUCGUUCCAGGUAACCGCCUCAGAGACAUCCUUUACAUUCGCUUCGAAGUCUCCUAGAAUAGUCACGUCUCCAGAAGGUAUUAUUGGAGCGGCUAUAGGAGGGUUCUUACUGGGAUCUGUGGUUACAGCUGUCGUCUUCAUCUGUCAUCGCAGAACAACACUACCACAACAGAAACGAGAACAAAUCCCACAAGAAUUUCAUAACGCAGAAUAUCAGUCUGAGAGCAGCAACACAGGGGCUCAAAGUCAAAGCAACAGAAGAAGCGUGGUGUACAGCGAAAUAAGCGACGAAACGCGAAAGUCCAUGGCUGUCGAACCAUUUAGAAGGCAGCAAAAUGAUUCUGAGGCUACUGACGAUGGAGUGUAUAACCAUUUGAACGAAGCAGCUACGGUUGACAACAGUGACUACUACGAUCACACUGAGAAUGGUUCCUCGUCUUCAACACCAAUAGAUGGGUACGGAGUUGUUACAUUUACAAACAGAGAGGAAGUCAACGACCCAGAAGUUAACUUCAUGGUUGCUGGUAUCGACAGGCAAAUACCAAACGAAGAACCCGUCAACGAUGGAUACUGUGUGCUUGAGAAAAUAAAUGCUAUAUAAUAUCAUAUUGAAUAUUCAACACGCAUUUGUAUAGUCAUCCCAUAUACACUCUAGGAUCUUCCCAUAUUUCGAUAUGUUCUGAUUAUCAACGUUAACGGACAUUCCAAAUAUCAUCUCAUAUAAUGCUUUGAUCAUCCAUGUUUUAAUGUACAUCAAAAAUCAUUUAUAGAAAAUACAAGCUUUCAGCAUCAAAUAUUCUACCAAAUGAAUAGCGUUUUCAUACCAAUGUGUUUGAUUAAAAAGAAGAAUGUUAAGAAUUCACCACUGAUCUUAUUUUCAAAUUGAAAUGUUUUGAAAUAUCUUGGAAAUUAAAAGUAAACUUAUAUAAAAAUAA